AUGAGGUUCGAUCUUUCUGAGGUUCGCGCGUCCUUGUUGCUUCCAGUAUCUGAAAUCAUCCCACCUGACCCGACGACCUUCAAUCUGCCGGAGCCUUCACAAUCCAGGGUCCCCUUAUUUUCUGGUAAGAAAGUUACUGAGUGUUGGCCAAUUAUCGAAUUGGGAAGAAUUCGCCAAAAAAAAUUAGAGCUCCGAUUUGGCAAGUACAUUGGGCCAACUCUACGAGUUAAUAUUUGGGAAGCAGCGCCUGUGAAUUUUUCAGUUACAGAGUUACAAGAAUUGGAGGGCGAUGUAGUGGUAGAAUUUGAAGAGAAGUCAUCUAACGAGACAUCUGAGAAAUAUGAGAUUUCUGAAAGCAAAGCGAAGAUUGAUUCACUGCAAAUCGAAGCCUCUACUUUUCGGACUGUAAAUUCAAAGUCUGACAGGGAAGGUAAUUUCUCUAAUCCACAGGAUGGUUCAGAAAUAGUGAUUGAAAAUUUUGAUGAAAAUGGUAAUCCCUCUCGAAAUGAUGAAAAUGAGCGAAGUGUUGAUGAUGAUUCUGCUGAUGAAAUGUGUUGGAUUGAUGAUGUUUAUGUUAAAUUGGAGCCUAACUGUGAUUAUGGGAUUGUGGGUAAUGUACUGCCAAAUGAUGAUCUGAGUGCUUCGAUUGACUCUGUAUUUGUUCCCGAGAGCUUGGAUGGAACUGAUAGAGUCACUGUGGAUUCUAGUGAUGGUUGUGAUCCUAGUAAAAAUGAGAGUUUGAAUGUCCGUGUUAUGUCUGUCAAUGAUACUUGUGAAAGAAUGAACCAUAAUUCUUUGAAAAUGGACGGAAUAUCUAUUAUUAAGAAGUCGUUUGGUAUUGACAAAUGCUGGAAUCAUAUUGAUAGUUCUGUGGUUGAUAAAGAGUCAUUUCUCAUUUAUCCGGGAGGCAUUAAGUGUCUUGUUUAUGCUGAUUGUGUUAAAGUUGAGCAGAAGUAUGACUGUAUUACGACGGUUGAUAAUUGGUUGUUAAGUGGCAUGUUUAACUCCUUUGAAAAUGAAUCUAAUUCCAGUCAUAAUUCUGAUGCUAUUUUGGCUGGAAAUAAGGAGUUCACUUCCACUCGAAUGUAUGACUCUGCUGUUGUUAAGUAUUUGUUUCUCGUAACCGUUUUCAAGGGUGGCACUACGCUUGUAGCCAAUUUUAUGACCGCAGGGGACAUUGUUCACUUGAGCUCUGUGUUUGAAGUGAUUGAAAUUAAGCUGUCACCAAAUGCAUUGUGGUAUAAGUUUCUGAAACCUAAACUGAUUGGAAAUGGUUCAUUCUGUGUUAUUUAUGUCAAACAAAGAUACUGUUCAUUUCCUGCAAGAUUUGGUUGGAAAAUUCCAUGGCUUCAGUUUGAAAUUGUGUUAAAUUCGCAUGAUCUGUUAGAGCUUGUCAGUGGAACUAAGAUUUUUGAUGAACUGUGGUAUGCUGAUGAUGAUAAUGAGCAUCUUGAUCUGUCUCUUGCUGCAAAGAAUGAUGUUGGUGUUAGUUAUGUGCCUGAUAUGAUAUCUUGGGCAGCACUAGUGUCUAUGUUAAAGCAACCUAUCCCUUUCAGAUCACUGAGAGAGGAUGCAAUGACUGUUCUGGAAGGAAAAUUCCACCUCCUUGCUGAAAGAGCGGCUGUCGAGGGAUGUGAUGUUGGAGAUCAAACAUUCAAAAUAUGUGGAAACAUUCUUGUUACUGUUUGGGAUCCAGGAAUCAUUAUUGAAAUGGAGUAUGUUGGAAAGCCAUGUAAGGGCGCGAACCAGGAACACGAACUCAGGAUUCUAGCUGCUAAACUUUCUUUUAUACCCUGGGAACUGAUCAUAGAAUGGAGGCACACUCUUCUUGUUUGA